AUGAAGGGGAGAGUGGGGUCAGGAGGGGAUUGGGAGGGUAGCGGGGGAGUGAGGGGUCGAGAUUCAACUGGUGCAAUGCGGCGUACCCCUUCGCUCAUCCCACUGUCCCGGUUUGUUUUUGCUAUUGUAUUUGCGGCGCACAGUUGGCACGCUAAGCGUUACACAGAGGAGCAGCCUUCCACACAGUUCACCGCACAGCUUCCAAGCGAGGUGAGCCCGGCUCCCCCCGGCCCAUCUCAGCCGGCGUCUCAGCCUCUCUCCUACGCUCUUCUACAAAUCUCGACCUCCGACACGACCGAAACUCCUUUCAUUCAGGUACAUCUCCAAUCUUCACCUGUCUCCCCUCCUCCGCCACCGGCGAGCGGCAAAUCUACAUCGUUGUGCUACACGAGCAGCGGCACCCUACUUUCACUUCCACCUAAAAAGAAGGACAUCUAUCGACCCUACUGCUUAGGAGAUCGUGCCUAUUUACAACGCCCGGAGGAAGAUCUCAACGCAGCCCACGCUAUCCUUGAUCUUAGUCAACAUGCAGUUUUCCUUACCACGCCGCCGCGCACUGAGCCCUCGCCUCCUGAACUUCCCCCACCGCCCCCGGAACCAGAACCAGAACCUUCACAAGAACAAUCUGAACGCCCCCGAGAAACAGUUGCCUAUACAUAUGAUGCUUUCUUCGUCAGUGAUGGUCGGUCUAAGCGACGAAAUUUUGCAAAUGCUCCAGUGGAAAGUGCACAACAACCGACCGACCAUAAAUCUAAAUAUACAUGCAGUGAAUGCGGUAAACGUUACGCCACUUCUUCAAAUCUCUCGCGACAUAAACAAACCCACCGCAGUCUCGAUUCUGUUGCGGCAAAGCGGUGUGGAGAAUGCGGCAAGGCAUACGUGUCUAUGCCCGCUCUGGCUAUGCAUGUGUUGACACAUCAGCUAUCACACGUGUGUGGCGUUUGCGGCAAGUUAUUCUCCCGGCCGUGGUUACUACAGGGUCACUUGCGUUCUCACACUGGCGAAAAACCUUAUGGAUGUGCCCAUUGCGGGAAAGCAUUUGCAGAUAGAUCCAAUUUGCGUGCUCACAUGCAGACUCACUCCUCUGAUAAAAACUUCGAAUGUUCUCGAUGCCAUAAAACCUUUGCACUCAAAAGCUACCUCAAUAAACACCAAGAAUCAGCCUGUGUUCGUGAUGAUGACUCACCGUCGCCUGAUGCCCCCGCCUCUACGACAGAAUAG